GAAAAUCUACUCUAGUAAAUUUGUUUCCAUCUACGAAAAUGAUCAUGAUAGGUGACGUUACCGAAGAUCCUCGAGUUAGUCUUCUCAGCGCGAUGGUCCAGUCUGCAUUCGAAGAUAACUUGGAGAAUAAGAAAUCAAGAAUUCAACAAGAUAACAUGAAAGUGUCAUCAAGAUCAUCAUCGUCGUCAUCGCAGAAGCUUGGAUGGCCGCUUCUCCGUCAUCGGCCGCAUACAGAUACCUCAAGAGACAUGUCUGUCGUGCAAUGGGUAAUGAACUUACCAGAUAGGUCUUCCUCUCAAAUUGAGGACAAGAGCUCUAACAAUGUUAACACUUUCAAUAACUGCAAACGGUUCAAAUUCGAGAUUCUCAACUCUUGCACUCGUCGAUUCUCUGAAGAAAACGUGAUAGGAAUCGGAGGUAGCAAUCGCGUGUAUAGAGGAACUCUCCCUAAUGGGAACAAAGUGGCUGUCAAAGUUAUGCAGUCACAAAAACAAGCCUUCAAAGAUUUCGCUCUUGAAGUCGAAAUAGUGUCCGCAUUGAACCACAUAGCCGUUGCUCGUUUACUCGGAAUUUGCAUUGAAAAUGGAUCUUUGAUAUCUGUUUAUGAUUAUUUCCCUCAAGGAACCUUACACCAAAAUCUCCGCGGUAAGAGCAAGGAUGGAUCUAUAUUGCCAUGGGAGGUGAGAUUGAAGGUAGCUGUUGGGAUCGCGGAAGCAUUGAACUAUCUGCAUAACCAAAUCUCGAAGCCUGUUAUACAUAGAGAUGUCAAAUCUUCCAACAUUCUUCUUUCCCGCGGAUUCGAGCCAAAAUUAUGCGAUUUCGGACUUGCUAUGUGGGGACCAACGACUUCAUCAUUUACGAUGCAAAACGACGUAGUAGGAACGUUUGGUUAUCUCGCACCUGAGUAUUUCAUGUAUGGAAAGGUGAGUGACAAGAUAGAUGUAUAUGCCUUUGGUGUUGUCCUACUUGAACUCAUAUCGGGGAGAGAACCAAUUUACUCGAAAACUUGCAAAGGACGCCAGAGUUUGGUCUCGUGGGCGAAACCGAUUUUAGAGAGUGGAGAUGUUAAAAGGUUAAUGGAUAGAAAGUUACAAGGAAAGUUUGAUGUAGAACAAAUGAAUAGAAUGGUUCUUGCAGCAUCUCUAUGCAUAACACGGGCCGCGCGGCUUCGUCCUACCAUGAGUAAGAUAGUAAAUAUCUUGAAAGGAUGCGACGAGAAAGACGUGAAUUUGUUUAAAUCUCAGGAGAUUGAUCGCGAUCAUUCGGAAAAUCAUGAAAACGUUGACGACGAAGUGUAUCCGAAUUCAAAUGCUGACUUGCACCUAAACCUUGCAUUUCUAGUAUAG